UUUGUUCUGGAAUUUGUUUGUUCAUGUUGAUUCACUUCACUUUAGAAGAUAUUAUAAUCAGCUUUGAUAAUUGUGAAUCCUCUGCUUUAAUACUGAAUGUGGUGUUGUUGACUCAUGAAGUGCCAUGUCGUGAAUGUUAAAAUGGUAUGAUUAUAGAAAGUAUGGCUCAAAAGAGAUCAUAUUAUUGCUUAUCGUACGUUUUGGUCUGCUCCACAUUUCCCGUUAAUAAGUUCAUUCAUGAUAGUGAUGUUAAAAGUUGCAACUUUGUUGUCCUCUUACCCAGCAUUUUAUUCCCUGGUGAAGCUGCAUUAGCUAGAAAACACAGUUUAUUCAUUUGCAUCAUUGACUCGACUAAGUCUUUCUUUUAGUGUAUGAUUUGGGUUUGCUUACUCUUCUUCUUGCAUGGUGAAAACUCAUGAACUUUUCAAAGUAUUUUUCUUUGUGUGCGAUCUGGGUUUCCGUGUUUGUUUUCUAUUUAUCUUCCAUAGCUUAGCCAAUGGUUUUCUCUAUUUAAACCUUUUUCCCCGGAUGAAGAAACACAUUUACUCAUUUUCACCAUUAAAUUGACUUAGUCUUUCUUCUAGUAGUCUUACUUCUUUGUUGUUUAUCUUCAACAGCAUAGCCAGCCUUUCAUGUUUUCUUGAUUUUUUUCGUUGGGAGUUAGUUAGAGAAACAUGGAGAGUUGUUUUUGGCUUUUGUUGGUGCUGAGAACUUUGGCCAUCAUCAUUCAUAUUGUUGAAGCUCAAUACCAAAAAGGGUUCAUCAGUUUGGAUUGCGGACUACCCGACGAUCAGAUGUCUCCUUAUAAAAUGACUGGUACUGAACUGUGGUUCACUUCAGACAAAGAGUUCAUACAGAGCGGAAAAACUGGCCGAGUCCGAGAAAAUCCCAACGGUUACGCGGAGCCAUACUUGACGAUGAGAUAUUUCCCAGAGGGAAUACGGAACUGCUACAAUCUGAGUGUGGACAAGGGGCGUAAAUAUUUGAUCAAGGCUUACUUUCUAUAUGGAAAUUAUGAUGGUCUGUACACUAACCCGGUGUUUGAUCUUUAUCUUGGACCUAAUCUAUGGGACACUAUAGAUUUAGAAACACUAGUGGAUGGUACAGCGACAGAGAUAUUACACAUCCCAACAUCAAACUCGUUGCAGAUAUGUCUCGUUAAGUCUGGGACGACUACACCGGUAAUAACAGCUUUGGAACUACGGCCAAUGGGAAAAGAUUCUUAUAUCACUAAGUCUGGUUCCCUGUUUCUAUCCUUCCGGAUAUAUCAUAGCAAGUCGAGAAUUAACCUACGAUACACAGAUGUCUAUGAUCGCAAAUGGAAUCCGUUCUUUAAGACGGAAUGGACACAGAUUUACACUGACCUCGAAGUGAGCAAUUCCAAUGGUUAUGUUCCACCGCAAGGUGCGCUGAAAAGUGCUGCCACGCCUACUAAUACCAAGGCGCCACUGACAAUUACUUGGAAUUCAACGAAUCCUAGUGAACAAUAUUACUUGUACGCACACUUUGCUGAGAUCCAAGACUUGCAGGCAAACGAAACCAGAGAAUUCAACAUCCUAUUGAACGGACAACAUUAUCAUGGACCGAUGAGUCCUAAGAAGCUUGACAUAACUACUGUCGAAAAAGUAACCCCGAACACUUGCCAAGGAGGGAGAUGUAGUUUGCAGCUAACAAGAACAAACAGGUCAACUCUUCCACCUCUACUUAAUGCCUUGGAAGUCUACAGAGUCAUUCAAUUUCCGCAAUCCGAAACAGAUGAAAGCGACGUGGGUGCUAUGAAUAAUAUCGCAGCCAGCUAUGGCUUGAGUAAAAUCAACUGGCAAGGUGAUCCAUGCGUCCCUCAACUGCUCAAGUGGGACGGAUUAAACUGCAACAACACGGAUAUGUCUACGCCACCAAGAAUCACUUCGUUAAACUUGUGUUCAAGUGGUUUAACUGGAACCAUAGCAGCUGCCAUUCAAAGUCUUACAAAACUAGAGAAACUGGACUUGUCAAAUAAUAACUUGACUGGAGGAGUGCCGGAGUUUCUAGGCAACAUGGAAUCUUUGUCGGUCAUAAACUUAAGCGGUAACAAUCUUAGUGGUUCAAUUCCUCAAUCUCUUCAUAAGAAAGGACUAGAGCUAUAUGUUGAUGGGAACCCAAUGCUUUGUCUCUCUGAUUCAUGUAAAGAACCACCGAAGAAGAAAGUUCUUGUGCCAAUUGCUGCAUCAGCUGCUUUUGCAGCCAUUGUCAUUAUUGUACUAAUUUGUUUUUUUGUAUUCGGAAAGAAAAAGAAAACGAUGCUACAAGGUCUAAACCUGCCACCGAGGACGUCAACAGGGGAAGUUACAUUUGCUAAUAAGAACAGGAGAAGGUAUACAUAUUCAGAGGUCAUCCAAAUGACUAAUAACUUCCAAAGAGUUUUAGGUAAAGGAGGGUUCGGCAUGGUGUACCACGGUAAUGUAAAUGUUUCUGAACAAGUGGCGGUUAAAGUACUUUCUAAAUCUUCAACUCAAGGCUAUAAGGAGUUCAAAACAGAGGUUGAUCUUCUUCUGAGAGUGCACCAUACAAAUUUGGUGAGCCUCGUUGGGUAUUGCUAUGAAGGAGAUCAAUUGGCUCUCAUUUAUGAGUUUCUGCCCAAUGGAGACUUAAAACACCAUUUGUCAGGAAAAAGAGGCAGAUCUAUCAUCAACUGGAGUACUCGACUACAAAUAGCUUUGGAUGCAUCACUAGGAUUGGAGUACUUACACAUUGGAUGCAAACCGCCGAUGGUUCAUAGAGAUGUCAAAACUGCCAACAUAUUGCUGGACGAGAAUUUCAAGGCCAAACUCGCUGAUUUUGGGCUCUCAAGAUCUUUCCAAGGUGGAGGGGAAUCUCAGCAUUCGACGGUGAUUGCUGGUACUCCUGGAUACGUUGAUCCCGAAUAUAACCAUUCAGGUAGAUUGGCUGAGAAGAGUGACGUCUACAGUUUCGGGAUCGUUUUAUUGGAGAUGAUCACAAACCAACCUGUGAUUAAUCAAACCACUGAAAAUUGUCACAUAACACAAUGGGCUGGCUUAAUGGUUAACCGCGGUGAUAUUAUUGAUAUCGUGGAUCCAAACCUUGGCAAUGAUUAUGACGUUAAUUCAGUUUGGAGAGCUCUUGAGCUGGCAAUGUCAUGCGCGAAUCCUGUUUCCUCAAAACGACCAUCCAUGUCUCAGGUUAUUCAAGAACUAAAAGAGUGUAUUGUGUGUGAAAACUCCGGGAUACAUAACAAUCGAGGCUUGGAACCUCAAGAAAUGAACGUUAGCUUUGACACUACAGUGGUUCCCAUCGCAAGAUAGUUCUGAGUGACAAAUACUUAGAUACAUAUUAAGCAAAAAUUUGUAAACUCGCUAGUUAAAUUAAAAAGUAUUAAUUAAAGUGUGUAAGUGUAAUUCUGCUUUUAUCGAUCAUUAAUCUAAAAACAGUUUCCGCUC